GGGGGGGGGGGGGGGGGGGGGUCCAUUUUAAAGUUAGCAUCGUGUUUGCGUUCAUGAUAACUUCAUAAUGAAUCCCCUGACCAAGGUGAAACUGAUCAAUGAGCUGAAUGAGAGAGAGGCCUCAUUGGGGGUGAAGGAAAAUGUGUCAUGGCACUCUGAGUAUAAGGAUAGCGCCUGGAUUUUCAUCGGUGGGUUUCCAUAUGAGCUGACGGAAGGUGACAUCGUCUGUGUCUUCUCUCAGUAUGGAGAGAUGGCCAACAUCAACCUAGUGCGUGAUAAGAAGAUGGGUAAAUCCAAAGGCUUCUGCUUCAUCUGCUACGAGGACCAGAGGAGCACCAUCCUGGCUGUGGAUAACUUAAAUGGGAUCAAGAUAAAGGGGCGGACCAUCCGAGUGGACCAUGUGCUGAACUACCGCCCUCCCAAAGACAAUGAGGACAUGGAUGAUAUCACCAAGCGCCUGAGGGAGGAGGGCUGUGCCCCCAAACUACCUGACCCUUCAUCCUCCGAGUCCGAAGAAGAGGAGCAGUACGCCGUACCCGCGAAGAAGCCCAAGAAAGCUUAUGCCUGCCCAUACCAUAACCCCAUCUCCACCAUGGGGCACAAUGUUGACAUCAGCAAACCGCUUACCCACACAACGCCAUACAGGUGGUCUGCCAUCUGCCCAGCACAGUUGAAACCGGAAUUCAUCCGUGAAGAGCACACUCCUCCAGCGUGCCAGUGACCAUCGAAGACAAGAAAGAGAAGAAGAAGAAGAAAAAGGAGAAGGCUCUGAAGGAGGAUAGGAAGCAGAGGGAGAGGCUAGCCCAGACUCACUCUGUGUCUCCCCCUAGGCCUGCCCUGGCAGUGAGGGUGAAGCAAGAGGAGGAGGACCUGGGCUAUGACAAGUACAGCCAGCGGGGGGCGCCAGAGGAGUGGCUGGGGGCCAGGGAAGAGAGACCAGGGCCUGGGGCAGAGCCACAGAACACACACAGGCAGUUGGACAGAGGGUUCCGAAAUCACCAUGGGGAGAGGGAGAGAGAGGCCCAGGGAGGAUGAGAAGAGGAGAGAUGGAGGACUGCAGUUGGAGAGCAAGAGGACAGGCAGGAAGGAGAGAGAGAACCAAGACGGGGAUAGAGAGAGAGACAGAACUAGGGAGGGAGAAAGAGAGAGGGACAAUGAGAGGAACAGAGCGAGGGACUGGGACAGGGAGAAAGACAGGAACAGAGAGAGAGAAAGAGACAGGUCAAGUAAGCACAAAGAACACAGUCGGGAGAGAGACCAAAGGAGAAAGUAACAUUAGUGCCUUGAUUGUAGUCAAGACAACUGGACUGAGUGAAAUCUUAUUCUUUCCUUCACUAUAGAAAGUCAGCAGGAACUGGGACCAUGGAACUAAUAUGAUUGGUUGUUUUAUUGUUAGUAUUUGUCAUAAGCCAUAUCAAGCCUGUUGAUUCCAUAUUCUCUGUUAUGUGGAGACUGAGCCAAACAGUGGAUGACGACUUGAGUCAUGAGAACAUGGCCUGUUUCCACAACAGCAGCAAAGUUCAAUCGGAACUGGAUUUCAAAUGAAAUUUUACCCUCAAACGGCUGUACAAUGCUUAAUCAGACAAUGAUUUACUCUUGUAAACAAAAUGAAGUUUUUUUUUUUUUUUUUAAACAAAGAUUUUGUUUCUAACAAGCCUUAUAAAUAACAUUUUAUUUUUUAAAUUGGAUUUCAAGUGAUACAGAGACACAUAGUAAUAUGGGUAACGCAAGAUAGGAGCUUCCUCUUGGCUCCAAAAAUAGGUGAUUUUGGGUGAAGAGAGACUGUCCAAAACAUUACACAAUUUGUAAUUCAGUGAAGAACCAAAGGCAAACAAGAUACUUUGGGGGAAAAAAGGAAUAAUUCAGACCAAAGAAAGAUCGUAUUUACAUGAUCAUUAGCUCAUACCUGCUCAACAGGAUUUUAACUGCAAUUCAUCUGUAUCGCUGAAUGAUGUUUAAAACACAAUAGUUAAUCAUCUAAGACAGAACAAAGCAUAGAUAUAGAUAUAUAUAUAUCAAGAAUAAAUUAACAUUUUGUCAAAACAUAAAAGGGAAAAAGAGGUAAAGCACAUCCUGCCAUUAAGGAAAUGUUUUAAUUCCACCAAGAGGUUAAGUGUGUGAAGGAACCUGUCGAUAGUUGGCAUGUGAAACACCGUAAAUGUCAUCAGUUCUAUUAAUCUCAUCACACCGGGGCUCCAAUGAAAAAACCCAACUGGGGUAUAGAGAUAUUAGAGGACGAGCCACCAUUUUGUCCUUAGAAGGUAACCCUUCUCCUCUUCCAGUGGGGGGCCAGGCAGACAAGCCACACUCUAAUAACUGGGAGUUUGGUCGCCCCGUUGUCUGGCUGCAUGGAUAGAUCGUCAAUGCUAUACUAUGUUAGUUACCUAGGUGAUGUGAUUUAUUCAACGUUUUUUCAAUGACUUCUGGGUCUGAGCUUCACUUGUCAGACUGGUCAGAGGUCAACCGCUGCCUUCACCCGGGCCCCAGAUUAACAGAGGCCAGGCUGGGAUGGACAGGAGAGGAAAACGUGUGUUUGUGUGUCCCAAAGAAAAUACUUGUUAGGGACCCAAUUGAAAUUAAGUGAAGAAAUUGCACCCAUACAGCUGUUAUAGAAACAUCCCAGGAUAGGAUUCGGCUAAACUUGGGAGAAAAUAAGUAUUGGGUCUGGCUGUACAAAAGAUGUCUAUGAUGUCAUGUGUACUAUGGAUGUACAAGACAUGGGUUGUAUUUCCCGAGGUACAUAAAGAACGUGUGUACUUUUCUGGUUUGUAGAAUGAUUCUAGGUGAUUUACAGCUGGAUGGGAAUGUGUUUCUGUUCAAUGUUCUGACACAUCAUACGGAACAAAACAUUGUGCAAGUGGACAACACUUAAGCAGAUGAAGAGUUAUAGUUAGACAUGUUUUUUAUAGCCUACAUAAUGACAGCCAAGGUCAGGAAUCAUCAACUACAUUCAGCCACG